CUUUCUCUUAUUUAUUUAAUCCCCCAAUAUUCCCUCUCUCUUCAACUCUCUUUUCUGUUUUUCCCCCAAACCAUAAACUAACAAAUUCCCUCUUCUUCUUCGUCCUCAAUCCUCCUUCAUUCUCCCGCCAUGGCUAGGGCUACUGUCGAGCUUGAUUUCUUCGGCCUCGAGAAGGACACUUCCUCCAAGUCUCAGUUUCACACUCUUCACCGCAAGAGAAGCUUUCGAGGCAUUCACAGCGCCAUUUCCAAGAUCAAUCCCGAGCUUCUCAAAUCUGUCAUCGGCUCUGCCUCCAUUUCUCUGCCUCCCAGUCCCAAGGCCGCCGCUAACCACAACAUCCUCUCACCUUUGCCUCUCUAUACGCCUCUCUUCAGGCCGACUAGUUCUGAAUCGCUUCAACAUACGUCUCCGAUGACUAUCUUCUACAACGGAACUGUCGCCGUUUUUGACGUUCCUCGUGAUAAGGCUGAGAACAUUCUGAAACUUGUUGCGGAAGGAAAAGCAGAAGCUAAUCCUACGGUUGCAAAUCCAUCCACCGACCACCAGCAACAGUUGCUUGCAUCUCUUAACGGAGAUCUUCCCAUUGCAAGGAAGAAGUCGCUUCAGAGAUUCUUGGAGAAGCGUAAGGAGAGGUUGACAACGGCUUCACCAUAUGCAUUCCCCUGCCCCCACCUAACUUAAUAAGAUGGAGAAGAUCAACAUUACGCGUUUUCUGACACAGACAAAUCCCUCUUUUGCUUUUAGUUAAGAAUUAUUCAAAAGGAUAUAUAUAGACAUAUAUAAUCUUAUUUUUAUGCCUUCCUUUUGUAUAGCAAUAGGCCCAUAGGGCCACAUAAUGUUAUAGCAACUUACUGGUAUUGGGGGUAGAGUUCGACUUGGAUUGAUAAUCCCUGUUGUUUUAUUUUUAUUUUUUUUUUAAUUUUAUGCUACCUGACUUGACUUUUUUUUUUUU